ACAUCUGAAGGAGUUGCACAGGAAAGGGCGGGGUUUAUGUUGGGUCAAAGGGCACAGUGAAGAUGGCGGCCGCCAAGCGUGUGCUGUAUGUUGGUGGCCUCGCGGAGGAGGUGGACGAGAAGGUUCUGCACGCGGCGUUCAUUCCCUUUGGCGACAUCACCGACAUCCAGAUCCCUCUGGACUAUGAGACAGAAAAGCACAGAGGAUUUGCAUUUAUUGAGUUUGAGCUGGCUGAGGAUGCUGCAGCCGCCAUCGACAACAUGAAUGAGUCAGAGCUGUUUGGCCGGACCAUCAGAGUGAACAUCGCCAAGCCCAUGAGAAUCAAGGAGGGCUCCUCACGCCCAGUGUGGUCAGAUGACGACUGGCUGAAGAAGUUCUCGGGAAAGACCACAGAGGAGGCUGAAGGAGCAGAGCCAGCCGCAGAGCAGGCCAGCUCAGAGACGCAGGAGGGUGAGCCACCGGCCAAGAAGGGGCGUGUCAACCCCCAGGUGUACAUGGACAUCAAGAUCGGCAACAAGCCUGCAGGCCGCCUGCGGUUUCUGCUGCGCGCAGACAUUGUGCCCAUGACCGCAGAGAACUUCCGCUGCCUGUGCACCCACGAGAAGGGCUUCGGCUUCAAGGGCAGCAGCUUCCACCGCAUCAUCCCGCAGUUCAUGUGCCAGGGCGGCGACUUCACCCACCACAACGGCACCGGCGGCAAGUCCAUCUACGGGCGCAAGUUUGACGACGAGAACUUCAUCCUGAAGCACACCGGGCCAGGGCUGCUGUCCCUGGCCAACUCCGGCCCCAACAGCAACGGCUCCCAGUUCUUCAUCACCUGCGACAAGACGGACUGGCUGGACGGCAAGCAUGUGGUGUUCGGGGAGGUGAUGGAGGGCAUGGAUGUGGUGAGAGCUAUGGAGGCUCAGGGUUCGAAGGAUGGCAAGCCCAAACAGAAGGUGAUCAUUUCAGACUGCGGGGAAUAUGUGUAGCAGCAACGCUGCACAGCCCAGGAAAAACUUUGGUUUGGGCGGAGAACUGUGAGCUCUAAGGCUGGUUUACGAUCCCAGUGCAUCGAUUCAGUGGUGCAGUUCUGUGUGAUUAUCACCCCACUUGGCAUUGCAGGGUUACAGAGAGAUGCUGAAGAGCUGAGCUGCGUCAACCAUUUAAAACCCAAAUAUGUGCAGACAUUUUGGGGUUCUAUCUGAAGUGCUCCUUAAUUCUACCAUUUGAAUUUAAAUGCAUCCUGCACAAUAUUAGCCUUAAAGCUUUCACGUGGUCCUGUUAAUGAAAUAUAUUGAUCCCUACUUGGAAUUGGGCCUCACAGAUGGAGAAACAUAAAAUCCAGCUGUUCCAGAUAACCCGAUGAGUACAGCAAUCAGGUUUUGAAGAAAAAGAUUGGCAUCACUUAAAACUGCUGCAGAUGAGUGUCUUUGCUUCUUGCAGACCUUCAGUUCCCCUCUUUCAUCACGAAGCCACUGAACCCCUGAUUUAAGUGUCUCUACUUAAUGAGUAGGACUUUAUUUCUAUUUUAUAAAACAUAGAACAUGGUUUUGUAAAUAUUCAUGUGAAUAAAUUGUUUAUUAACAAA